UUGUUCAGUUGAGAAUUGGAAUUUGAGAUUAAAGCACUUUUGUUCCACUCAGUUCACUUCAAAGAUUCAUUUACUUGCAUGUUUUGUGGUGUUGGUUGGUUCAUGUCAGAGGUCAAACAGACAAAGAAAAUUAUAUAAUGAUUUUUGACUUGGCACUUAAAACGUGUAGGUACUUAAUAAAAUGAAAACAAUUGUGUCAUAAUUGAGAUGGUUUUUUAUUCAAGCUAAACAAUUCUCUAAUUUUGAAUACCAUCCUUAGAAUCACAACAAUUAAGUGCUUGUCUGUUGUCAUCCUAACUUCCAAAUAUAAUUGAAACAAAAAAAUAAAAUAGCAAGAAGUGUUUGUGUGUGUGUGUGUGUGUGUGAAUUAUAUAUAGGAUUCUUUUCUUUACAGUAACUCAAAUUUCAUAAUGUAACUUAAGGGUAAAUUAACGUGCACAUACACACAUUUAUUUCUAUUUCUUACUGAAAUCUAUUGAAAUCUACUGAAAUUGUUUACAUCUGCGUCUGUAUUUUAGUGAAAAGCGUGAAUGUUUAUUUGCCUCGCUUCCAUGUGUGAUGCGUCGUGACGUCACUCGGGUCUAGCACAGCAACAAAGGAGGAUGCGGAGCUGCGUGCGGAAGCCAAAUCCCGUUAAACGGCACUUCUUUCGCCUUACGAGACCGACAUAACACGUAACCAUGUAAACAGUUGUCCUUAUUUAUAUGUAUAAAUGAAGUGGCGCAGGUUUCGUUGGAGGAAGCGGGGUGAGAGAGAGAAUGUACUGGGUCGCUGGUUUCGCCUCCUCCCGGUCGUUCGUGGUUGAUCUUGGCCGGAAUCAGAGCCCGUCCAUCGGGUUGUGUGGCUCUGAUGAGCGUCACUUAUUUUAUGGGUACAUAGUUGCCGUCCCUGAUCAGGAUUUCUGCGGGAUCAUGUCGGGAUUGGUGUCGGAUUCCUGGUGGAGGAAGACGCUGUACAUCACCGGAGGUGCCCUGCUGGCUGCGGCUGCAUAUCUGCUGCACGAGCUGCUCUCCAUCAGGAAAGAGCAACAGUUGGAUUCUAAAGAUGCCAUUAUCAUUCACCAGUUCUCCAGGCCAAAAAAUGGGGUGCCAAGCCUGUCACCUUUCUGCCUGAAAAUGGAGACCUAUCUGCGCAUGGUUGAUCUGCCCUAUCAAAAUUACUUUGAUGGAAGCCUCUCUUCCGAGGGCAAGAUGCCUUGGGUUGAGUAUAAUUACGAGCAGGUGUGUGGAACUGAAUUUAUAAUUGACUUUCUGGAGGAGAAACUUGGUAUGAGUCUGAACAAGAGUCUGAGCACUCAGGAGCAGGCAGUAGCUCGUGCCAUCACCACCAUGGUGGAGGAACACUUAUACUGGACCAUUGCAUACUGUCAGUGGGUGGAUAAUGUUCAAGAGACUCAAAGGAUGUUGGACCUUCCUGGGCCCCUCAGUGACCUGCUGAAGUGGAUCCUGUGUCAGCUGACUGGUGGCAUUGUAAAGAGGGAGAUGUACUGUCACGGCAUUGGCUGCUUUACUAAGGAAGAAGUUUACACCCUCAUGGAGAAGGACAUGCGCACACUGGCCACACUGUUAGGGGAUAAGAAGUACAUCAUGGGUCCCAAGCUGUCCAGUGUGGAUGCCACAGUGUUCGGUCACCUUGCACAAGCCAUGUGGACACUACCUGGCACACGGCCCGAGCAGCUCAUUAAAGGAGAACUGAUCAACCUCGCCAUGUACUGUGAGCGCAUACGGAGGAAGUUCUGGCCCGAGUGGUUUGUGGACUUAGAGGACUUCUGUUACGACAGCGACAAUGACACCAGCAGCAGGACGCCCACCUGCAUGCUGGACCUUGGUCUAUUUUCCAGGACAGACACUUUAGAGGAAAGCGAUCUAAGCCUCCUUUCACACGGUAAUACACACUCGGAAGACUCUGACCACUCCGGACGCUCGCUCUCAGACUCUGACAUUGAAGCAGAUGGCUCGGAUGUGGAGCAGCAGGUCAAGGGUCAAAUCAAAUAAAGGUUGCUUUUCAUCUGGUGUAACAGCAUUUUGUGAUGUGUAGUGGCUCCAAAACUCACAUUGAUAUGUUUUCGCACUAUGAUGAACCUGAAUUAAAAACAAAAUGUGUGUACACAACGUUUACAUCACAACGUUUAAGAUUUACACCACAGAAGUUGGACGCAUGUUAAAGAUCAUUCCUUCUGCCUUCUCUCUCAGAACUGUUUCUAUGUCCACAGUUUCAGUAUGAUUUCUAAUUAGUUUUCAUUUCAAGGAAACAUACAUUUCGUGAUUUUUCACUCCAAUCAAUACGUCUAAUUUCUCUCAAAUUAUAAUCAAACAUUUGCUCCGGAACACAAUCAUGUAGCUAAAAACUAGCUUGUAUGAUUCUAGGAUGUUUGUGCGAAGUUGACAAUUUACCUUUUUUUUUUUGACAGACUGAUUGAUCCUUUGUGCCAGCUUGAAAUCUGUGUGAAUUCCUCCCUCCUGUUGAAACAUAAUAACUCCUGCUCCCAGAUCAGCUCAAGUACAUAAAAUACAAAUGAAGAUGGAUGAAAGGA